CCUAAUAACGCGCGUGUGAACAAAAGAAAUAUACACCACACAAUUCCUGAUUGCGCUGUGUGACGGUAAAUAACGGAAGAGCGAUAAGAAAAAUAAUCAAAACUUAAAAAAAAGAGAAUAUAACUUUCGAACUUGAAUUAUUUUUUCUGUAUUUUAUCUGACCGCACACACCUUCCUCCCCUUUCUUUUCUUGUUUUUCUUUUGUUUCUGUUUCGUAAAAAGAGUUGUCUUUUGUAUCCCGCCCAACCUGUACUCUUCUUCAAUUACACACACCACUUAUAUUUAUCUAUUAUGUUAUCCGCCGCUUUAAACCUGCAAAAGCAGCGCAGCCUCCCGAUGUCACGCACCGCUAUGCGGGUGCUGACUCCGACCACCACCCGGCACGCGGUUAACUACAGCAGCCAAGUAAAGCCUCCUCUUGAUCCCGAGUGGGUCAAGCUUGCCACUAAGGAGUGCAAGGGCAAGGACCCCAAGGAGAUUCUCACAUGGGAUACACUCGAGGGGAUCCCUGUCAAGCCUGUCUACACCGCCGCCGACACGGUGGGCCUCAAGGCCGAGCUCCCUGGCGUCUACCCCUACACGCGUGGGCCCUACGCUACAAUGUACACGCACCGCCCGUGGACUAUCCGGCAGUACGCCGGUUUCAGUACCGUGGAGGAGAGUAACCGCUUCUACAAGGCCAAUCUGGCAGCCGGACAGCAGGGUCUCUCUGUGGCCUUUGAUCUGGCCACGCACCGCGGGUACGAUUCCGACCACCCGCGUGUCGUUGGGGACGUCGGAAUGGCUGGUGUCGCCAUCGACUCAGUCGAGGACAUGAAGAUCCUGUUUGACGGGAUCUCGCUGAAGGACGUAUCCGUGUCUAUGACUAUGAACGGCGCUGUGCUGCCGAUCCUGGCCAUGUACAUUGUGGCGGCGGAGGAGCAGGGCGCCGCACUAGACGAAAUGAAGGGCACGAUCCAGAACGAUAUCCUGAAGGAGUUCAUGGUGCGCAACACCUUCAUCUACCCCCCAGAGCCCUCGAUGCGCAUCAUUGGCGAUAUCUUUGCGUUCACGGCCAAGAACAUGCCCAAGUACAACUCCAUCUCGAUCUCCGGCUACCACCUGCAGGAGGCUGGCGCCAACAGCUACGUGCGGCGCGGAAUCUCCGCUGGCAUGACGGUCGACCAGUUCGCCCCGCGGCUGUCGUUCUUCUGGUGCAUUGGCAUGAACUUCUACAUGGAGAUCGCCAAGUUGCGCGCGGCACGCCGGCUAUGGGCGCACCUGGUAAAGGAGAAGUUCAACCCGAAGAACCCCAAGUCAAUGAUGCUGCGGACACACUCACAGACCUCCGGCUGGUCGUUGACCGAACAGGAUCCGUACAACAAUGUCGUGCGCACAACUGUUGAGGCCAUGGCUGCGACGCUCGGCGGCACCCAGUCGCUGCACACGAAUGCCCUGGAUGAGGCCAUUGGCCUGCCGACCAAGUUCAGCGCCCGCAUUGCGCGUAACACGCAGCUGAUCCUGCAGGAGGAAGCUUGCAUUCCGCGCGUGGCCGACCCCUGGGCUGGCUCAUACAUGAUGGAGUCCCUGACCAACGAUGUCUACGAGAGCGCGCUUGAGAUUAUCAACGAGGUCGAGGCGCUCGGCGGCAUGGCCAAGGCGAUUGCCUCGGGAAUGCCCAAGAUGCGCAUUGAGGAGAGCGCUGCCAAGCGGCAGGCGCAGAUUGACUCUGCACAGACCGCCAUUGUGGGUGUCAACAAGUACCGCGUCAGCGAUGAAGACGCCAAUGAUGGCAAGGUUGAGGUGCUGUCGAUUGACAACCGCGAGGUCCUCAGGGGGCAGUGCGAGAGGCUGGACAGGCUGCGGAAAACCCGCGACGAGGCCAUGGCGCAAAAGUCCCUAGAUGCCAUUACCCGUGCUAUGGAGCAGCCCGGAGAGAACCUGCUUGCCCUGGCUAUGGAUGCCGCGCGCGCACGCUGCUCUGUUGGCGAGAUCUCGCAUGCCAUUGAGAAGGUUGUUGGUCGCUACAAGCCCGAGGUCAAGCUGGUCAGCGGCACGUACAAGGCUGAGUACGCCAAGGCGCAGGACCCCAAUGGCUCCGAUCCCAUCGCCGAGACCAUCGCCAUGUCUGAUGAGUUUGCUGCCAAGUGGGGCCGCCGCCCGCGCGUGCUCGUUGUAAAGAUGGGCCAGGAUGGCCACGAUCGCGGCGCCAAGGUUGUUGCCUCCGGGUAUGCUGAUCUGGGCUUUGACGUCGAUGUCGGUCCGCUGUUCCAGACCCCUGCCGAGGCUGCUCGCCAGGCGGUGGACUCUGACGUCCAUGUCAUUGGUGCCUCUUCACUGGCUGCUGGACACAAGACGCUGGUGCCGCAGCUGGUCGAGGAGCUGCGCAAGCUUGGCGCCCCCGAGAUCAUGGUCAUUGCUGGCGGCGUCAUCCCCAAGCAGGACUAUCAGUUCCUGUUUGACAACGGCUGCGCGGCUGUCUACGGCCCUGGAACCCGAAUCCCCGAUUCUGCCCAGGACAUGAUCCGCAAGGUCGAUGCCAUUCUGAGCAAGUCUGAAGCCUAGAGGCUCGAAUAAAGUCUUUUCUUUCCGCUUCCCAACAUAUAUACAAACAAAAAACAAGCAAACAAAAACAAACCACCACCUUAUGUAAAGAUAAAUAAAGCUAU